AUGGUGGAAGUUUGCCAUGGUAAAAACAAUCAAAGGAGCUUCCUUCCGCUAAAUGGUAACAUUAGGGGAUGUUGGGAAAAUAUUGUGAAUUCGAUAUCCAACUUGAGAUUUAACGGGAAGGGUUUAAAUAAUCUGAUUUUAGGUAAGGUUGCGAACGGGGAGGAUAUUCGUUUUUGGUUAAACACUUGGACGGGCGAUUCGCCUUUCGUAGAAAGAUGGACACAUUUGUUCGGUUUGGAAUUGUCUAAAUUAUGCAGGGUAGCGGAAAGAAGGUUAGUGAACCAAGGAAAUGGCGGAUUUACGUGGAAUUGGUCUAGACAGCCGGAGUCGGAUGUGGAGCUUAAGGAGUGGCAGGAAUGUCAUGAGAUUCUUAAUAGGAUUUCGCUUAAUAAUAAUAAGGAUUUAUGGAAGUGGAACAACGACAAUCAGGAAGGUUUUUCGGUGAAGGCUGUCAAAUUGGCUUUAAUUGAGGACAUAGAUGACGAUCAUCCCCCUAACUUUGAAUGGUGUAAAUGGGUGCCUCUCAAAUGCAAUAUUAUGGUGUGGAGAGGUAAUUUGGAUAGACUUGCUACGAGAGUUAAUUUAAGAAGAAGGAUUGUGAAUAUUACUUCGGUUAUGUGCCCUCUUUGCGAAGAGUUAGAGGAAACGAUAAAGCAUUUAUUUACUGCUUGUUCGUUGGUGGAUAGGGUCUGGUCGGCAUUCAGUGCUUGGUGUAACUUUCCUCAGAUUUAUGCCUUCGCUUUCAAAGACAUUAUGGAGAUUCACAAGUUCACGCAACUAAGUAAGAAAGCUAAGACUCUCAUCCAAGGUUUGAUGUUUAUCACGUGUUGGUGUAUUUGGAAAGGAAGAAAUGAAAUGGUGUUCUAA